UGCAUAUGUAUGUAUAGAAGCAUUGGAGGUGAGUGAGGCUAACGCGAAAUGAGCAUAUGAUUACACUCUGAAGUCUAAUUAAACACACACGUCGACGUUCAAGUGGACGGUCCAUAUCUUUCCUUUUCUAUACCUAAUAUUAACAUCUUCGCUACGACUUUCAUUCUGUUUUUAUUGAUAGAGUCGGUCCUGGUUUCUUCUAUGAUCGAUCUUUCCUCGAUCAAGAAGAAACCACAGCAAAGUAACUAAACAUUUGAAGAUACUAUCAAUGAUGGGGGUUGAUCAAGAGUCGUCCAGUGUGCCGCCUGGGUUUAGGUUUCAUCCGACAGAUGAAGAGCUUGUUGGAUAUUAUCUCAAGAAGAAAGUCGCAUCCCAAAGGAUCGAUCUCGACGUUAUCAGAGAAAUUGAUCUCUACAAGAUCGAACCAUGGGAUUUACAAGAGAGAUGUAGGAUAGGGUACGAGGAGCAAAAGGAGUGGUACUUCUUCAGCCACAAAGACAAGAAGUAUCCGACUGGGACGAGGACUAACCGAGCCACCAUGGCUGGUUUUUGGAAAGCCACGGGCCGGGAUAAGGCGGUUUACCUCAACUCCAAACUUAUCGGUAUGAGAAAGACACUCGUCUUUUACCGUGGUCGAGCUCCUAACGGCCAAAAAUCCGACUGGAUCAUCCAUGAAUACUACAGCCUCGAGUCCCACCAGAAUGCUCCUCCGCAGGAAGAAGGAUGGGUAGUGUGUAGAGCAUUUAAGAAACGAACGACCGUCCCGGCAAAAAGAAGACAACUUUGGGACCCAAACUGCUUCUUCUACGACGCAACCCUCUUGGAAGUGGAACCUAUCGACAAGAACGUCCACAUCAAGCGCACCAAGCAUAACACUGAUUUUGUCGUCACACCGUUUAAGCAAGAACUACUCUCCGAGGCCAACCACAUCGUGCAAGAUGGAGACUUGGGCUCUAUGUACCUUUACUCCAUCGACGAUAAUCAAUUCUCUCAGCUUCCUCAGCUAGAGAGCCCCUCUCUUCCAUCAGACAAGUUGCCGGAAAUGGCGCCGCAUAGUAAUAUCUCCGAAAUCAGCCGCCCGGGGGAAGAUGAAGCGAGCGCCGCCGUCGAGAAGAAGAUCACGGAUUGGAGAUCCCUUGAUAAGCUGUUGGCUUGUAAAUGCCCGAAACGUCAAAAGGAGGAGGACGUUUCGUUGCUGAAGAAUCCAUUGCUGAAUUGUCCAGCGUUUGUGAACCAUAUGGGAGCAUCCGAUUCAACGCUCUUAGGCGCUCAGGAAAACAGAGGUGGUGAUGUGAUUACGACCAUCUCUCAUCGAUCGGAAAUAGUCGAUCCCGUUCUCGAGAAACUUAAAUCCCUCACAGUUAGUAGGCCAUUAUUGAAGUCACCUCCGACGGAAAGUAGCUUAACGGACAUCUUAGUGAGAAAAGCUCUAUCGAGCUCCUCUUCCAACUUGUCCUUUUUCCCAGAUACGGUGGAUCCUCAAAUACUUGUAGAGCUCUUCUCCAUUUACCGAGAAUGGCAAGAGAGCAAAUCUCAAGAAAUCACCAAGAGACAGGAAGAUAUAGAAAACAAGAUAGAAGUAGCAGAUGCUUUGGCGACUAAACUUGUGCAGAGGUUUAACCACUCAGUUUCUGCGAUGAGGACAACUUCCCAGCAUUUAUCUCAAGUUCAUGGGUUGCAGGUGGAGCUUGGGGAGCUUAAAGGAAGGUUGACGGAGGUGAUAAACAACUGCGAUACGCUAUGUAAGAGAAUUAACUCUGAGGGACCUGAAUCUCUAAGGUCAACAGUGAGGCCCUUUGCUCUUGCACCACUUGAUUCGGUCAGUAUAAACACCACUUUGUCUUCUAAACAAGAGGCAUAAGAGUCAAUACUCUUUAACCAGGGGAUAGAUUGGUGAAUCGGAAUACGCCUGUAGAUUUUCUGCAUAGGUGCACGAUGCUGCUGCUAUGAUUGUGAAUCUCUGUUUUCUUUUGUCAUUUAUCUGUAGUUUAUUAUAUUUUAGCUCUCUAUAAUCGCUCUUGGAAACCAUUGUUGUGAGGUAGGAAAAUUCAUAUAUGUAUUGCGCUUUGUUUGCUUUUGAUACAAAAUCCACAGUGGAUGGUUUGCAGUUUAUGUAGUUGAACAACAUCUUGAAACAAGAGAAUAGGAAACAAGAAAUGGAAAAAACUUGAAACAGAAUUAGAUCCAACAAAAGAAAGAAAGGAGUAGAUAAUGAUGACUAUUUUUGGCCAGCACGAGAUCAAGGUUGCUGGUGAGCGUCCAUGUAACCAGCGUCGACGAGCACUUUCUCCCUCUUAGCCAUCUCCAGAUCUUGGUCUACCAUCAUCUUCACCAGCUGCUCGAACCCGACUUUAGGCUUCCACUUGAGCAGUUCCUUUGCCUUGGUUGCGUCUCCUUUCAGAUUGUCCACCUCCGUUGGCCUGAAGUACCUCUUGUCGAUCUCAACAUGGUCUUUCCAGUUCAGGCCGAGGUAGCCGAAGGACACCUCGAGAAACUCCUCGACGGUGUGUGAUUCCUCAGUGGCCACAACGUAAUCGUCUGGUUUGUCCUGCUGCAGCAUCAGCCACAUUGCCUCCACGUAGUCACCUGCGAAUCCCCAGUCUCUGGAGGCCUGAAUGUUCCCGAGGAAGAGCUUCGUCUGCAACCCGACCUUGAUCCUCCCCAGUGCCCUGGUUAUUUUCCGGGUGACGAAGUUCUCCCCUCGGCGGGGUGACUCGUGGUUGAAGAGGAUCCCGUUGCAGGCGUACAGGCCGUAUGCUUCCCGGUAAUUGACGGUGUACCAGUGAGCCGCGCAUUUGGACGCAGCGUAGGGAGAUCUAGGAUGAAACGGCGUCGUCUCAGACUGCGGAGGAGGAGUGGAGCCGAACAUCUCCGAGGACCCGGCCUGGUAGUACUUGAUGUUACGGGCAUUGUCGGUGUUGUGAGAUCUGACAGCCUCCAGGAGGCGGAGAGCUCCAGUAGCGACGACAUCAGCGGUGUAGUCAGGGAUCUCGAAGGAGACGGCGACAUGGGACUGAGCAGCAAGGUUGUAGACCUCAUCUGGCUUGAUCACGUCGAGCCAACGGCGGAGGGAGGAGGCAUCAGAGAGAUCGGCGUAGUGGAGCUUCAUGCGAGCUUUGUUGACAUUGUGGGGAUCCACGUAGAUAUGGUUGAUUCGCUGCGUGUUGUAAUUUGACGAUCGUCGGAUCAGGCCGUGGACUUGGUACCCUUUUCCGAGAAGAAACUCGGUCAGGUAUGAUCCGUCCUGCCCUGUGAUGCCGGUUACCAGUGCAAUCUUCCUCGGCUGCGACGCAUCAAUGUCAGAAUCGCCGCCGCCAUUAGCAACGGUCACAGCUUCGGAUCUGGACACUUUGUCUUGGGACGCCAUUGAGUCGGGAGAAAUGAGAGGUGCAGGACUCGCUUUCUGUUUGAUUUUUUAAGCUCCGAGUGGUUCUAUUAUUUAUAUAGAGCAUGCCACGAAGAAACUGAGCUAGAGCUUCAACGCAGACAAGGGUUCAUUUGGUAACUUCACGGGUGAAUCUGUGAGGCUACGUAAAGUGGUACCUGUUUGGCAAUAAGCCGGCAAGCGUUGACCGAUUAUAAUUGGUUUUAUUUAAUCCAUCUAUCUAUUGGGCCACUAUGGGUUUCCAAGCGCAGUCCAAAAUGUAGUGGGCUUGAGGAUACAUACUUCUGUGGGCUUACAUACAGACUAAAACACCGUUAUGGACUUUAAUAAUUA